GUCUUGCGGCUAUUUCCAAACUUCCUGGAUCGUUUUCAUUUAAAACAGCUCCUUCCGCACCGUUGGACACUAACACGUUACUUCACAACGAUGUUUCAUUUGAAGACUUGAUUCGACGGUAGUAUUAAACGUGACUAAAAACCUUUACUGAUGAUUAAUUGUUCGGCUUGCUUUACACUGCAUUUGAGUGAACCAGCAGUUCCACGCGAUUUAACCUGUUUGCAAAUUAACGAUGAAAAAAAACGGCACCUACAGCUUUUUGUCAGUAUUCUCGUUCUUUGUGGUUUGUGCAUUCGUGUUUAUGUUUUUCUUUUUUGUGUUUUACUCAAUGAUGUACGCACCAUAAACUCAGCAACCAUUUAAUUUAAAGUCGCUUGCGAUCAAAAAUUACCCACGAUGCACCACUUUGUGACGCCUUGUGCAAUCACAUGACCAAAUGAAUACGGAAGUAAGCAUCUCCAAGCCAUCCCGUGUCUUGAUGGCGGCGUCCAACUCUGCAGACCUCAAGCUGCAGUUUGCGCCCUUCAGCAGCGCGCUGGAGGCAGGCUUCUGGCAUCAGCUCACGCAGAGGAAACUCAAUGACUACAGGCUGGAUGAGAGCCCCAAAUGCAUCAAAGGGUACUACUACAAUGGUGAUCCGGUUGGUUUGCCCACCCGUUUGACCUUAGAGUUCAGCGCAUUUGAUGUAGAUGGGUCCACCCCGGCGCAUUGUUGCGAGGCUGUUGGAAAACUGUACAACACCAACACGCUGGAUGCCUUCAAGAGUACUGACAAGAAGGCCUUGCUGGACAGAGAGUCGAAGGAGCUUUGGGAUGCCAUCCGGACCGGCGAUGCGCUCACAGACCCGAGCAUCCUCUGCAGGUUUAUUCUGCUGACUUUCGCAGAUUUGAAGAAGUACCAUUUCUACUACUGGUUCUGUUUCCCUGCUCUCUGCUUCCCAGAGGGGCUUAAGAUUGUAAAGGAGCCUUCUGUCCUGGAGACUGUUUUCACAGCAAAACAGAUCUUGGCUUUGCAGGAGGCCUACGAUGGCUUAUGUAUCAAAGCUGAGACCACUGCAGUUCCCUAUUUCCUAAUGAAGUACACAGAUGACGCCGUUCAGUUGGCCCCUUUAGCAGAGUGGAGGGCAUUCUUUCCUGGCUCGCAAAAGGUUGCCGUCGGGGUGUAUGACCCGUGUACUCUGUCUCAACAUCCAGGAUGGCCUCUGAGGAAUCUACUGGUUCUCUUGGCUAGCCAGCGGGUUGCAAAGUUGGACACAGUAGAGGUGCUGUGUUUCAGGGACAGAACCCUGCAGGGAAUCCGCUCCAUUCAGCACAGUGUCAUUUUUCACGUCCAACUACCCGAAGUCCCAUUUGACUCUGCAUGUCCUAAGAGUGUUGGUUGGGAGAAGAAUGCCAAGGGAGCAAUGGGACCCCGAAUGGUCAACCUCAGUGAAUGUAUGGACCCUAAAAGGCUUGCUGAGUCAUCAGUCGAUCUGAACCUGAAACUGAUGCGAUGGAGACUGGUCCCUUCACUGGACUUGGACAAGGUGGUCAGCACCAAAUGUCUUCUGCUGGGAGCUGGAACACUGGGUUGCAAUGUGGCCAGGACUCUGAUGGGCUGGGGAGUAAGACACAUCACCUUUGUGGACAAUGCAAAGAUCUCCUACUCAAAUCCGGUGCGGCAGCCUCUCUAUGAGUUUGAAGACUGUCUCGGUGGAGGAAAGGCCAAAGCCACAGCCGCCGUCGAGCGACUCACCAAAAUCUUUCCUGGUGUGAAUGCAGAGGGCUUCAACAUGAGCAUUCCCAUGCCGGGCCACCCGGUGAAUUUCUCCCACGCCACUCUGGCCCAGGCCCAGAAGGAUGUGGAGCGGCUGGAGAAGCUCAUCUCCGAACACGAUGUGGUCUUCUUACUCAUGGAUACAAGAGAGAGCCGCUGGCUGCCCACCGUGAUCGCCGGGAGUAAGAGGAAGCUGGUGGUCAACGCUGCUCUCGGCUUUGACACAUUCGUGGUGAUGCGCCAUGGCCUGAAGAAAGUUCGCCAAAAUGCCGGUGGUGACGCGGACUCCUCCCCUUCCUGUUCAUCUGCAUCAUCAUCGUCCUCCACGCCAGCCGGCUCAAUGUCCUCUGUGCCGGCAUCGUCCCUGUUUUCCAACAUUCCCGGACACAAGCUGGGCUGCUACUUUUGCAACGAUGUUGUGGCACCAGGAGAUUCUACCCGGGAUCGGACUCUGGACCAGCAGUGCACCGUAAGCCGACCGGGCCUGGCCAUGAUUGCAGGUGCUCUGGCGGUGGAGAUGAUGGUGUCCAUUUUGCAACACAGUGAAGGAGGCUACGCUGUGGCCAGCAGCAGCGAUGACCGAAUGAACGAACCUCCCACGUCGCUCGGCCUGGUUCCCCAUCAGAUCCGCGGCUUCCUCUCCAGAUUCGACAACGUCCUGCCUGCCAGCCUGGCCUUCGACAAGUGCACUGCCUGCUCACCUAUUGUCCUGGACCAUUAUGAAAGGGAAGGCUUCCACUUCCUGUCAAAAGUGUUUAACUCUUCACACUCCUUCUUGGAGGACCUUACAGGAUUGACAUUGUUACACCAGGAGACCCAAGCGGCAGAGAUUUGGGAUAUGAGCGAUGACGAGAGCAUUUAAGGAACCCAUAAUCCUGUGGAUUGGAAUGUCACAGCCAUCAUGUCUGUUUGAGCCACAAAUCACUCACCAAGGAAGACCUGUGAGGCGGGAAGACCAAAACACUCAUCUUACGACAAGUUUCUGCAAACUCGACACCCCUUCCCCCACAAAAAAAUAGUUUCACCUUGAAUGUAUCAUUUCUGGUGUUUUGAGAGUGAAACUGAUAUUUACACACUGAAUGUUCACCUAUCUCUUUUUUUUUUUUGCAAAAUACAUCAGUGACAAAUUAUGUGUUGUCGUCAGCGACCAAAUGGUGUGUGUGUUACUCAAUCACGGUAUUGUUUUUAUGUGUGAUAAAACAACUAUUGAAAUAUCUGUACUUACUCCCUAUUUGUAAAUCCUCUUGCAUUGGAUGUCAUUUAAUUAUGCUAACAGUUUAAUUGGUGUGUAUGGAACUAAAUAUUGGAGCAAAACUUGAA